ACAAAUGACAAUAGAAUAGAACGAACAAGCCACAACAGUCACAACAUUUGAUAGAACGUGUACAAUAAACGAACCUAAAAGUAUAUAAUAAUUAUAACAUUUAACUAUAUUCGUAUAUAAUAUUGAUCCUAACAACAAACAUGCCGAAAGCAACUAAAUUGCAUAGUACGGGUAAGCCUAAAAGAAUACAAAAAUCAACCAAGAAUGAUGAUCAAACAGACCCCGAGGAAUCGACGAGGGAAUUUCAACUGCAAUUGCUAUGGUGCAUUCAACAAUUAGAAAGAUCUUUGGCAGAGAAGAAGGGCAAUGAAAAACAAUUACAAGAAAUAUGGAAAGUGCUUACAGUCUUAAAAAAUAAUAAUCAAUCAAUAAUUAGAAAAAGACAGUUAAUGAGGACGCAUUUAGGUGAUUAUAGAGCAAAAAUGGCUGCAGAAGAAAAGAAGUUGGUUAAAAUGACAAGCAAGAUAAAAAUUGCAGAUAGUCCAUCGCAACCGAAGGCAACAUUUUUACGAAAGUCUGCUUUCCUAUCGACCGGAGAGAAUGCAUUCAAAUUCAAUUUCAAUGUUCCUCAAGAGCCUGAUGCUAAGGAAGUAACAGGGGAUAGUAAAACUGAGGCAUUAAAUAGUUCUAAUAAUAUUGAUAAAACUCCAGAUGAAAUUAAAGAAGAAACCAAAAAUAAAUGCAAAUUUACAAUGUCUGGUUCUGGAUUUAAGUUUAAUUUUAAUGUAGAUAGUAAUUAAUUUUAGAUAAUCUUGUAAAUAAAGAUGAUAAUUAUUUAAGACAAGUAAACUGCCAGUUAAUAAUUGUAUUCAGUUUCAGACUCUGUCAGCUUUUGUUCUCAGUAUUGCUUAUAACUGCAAGGCUUGACAAGCAUGCAUGACAAACUUUUAUAAAUGUUAUAUCAAAAUCCUUGCUUUUGAUUGUGCUUGUUAUCUGGUUAAGGUUUCCAAGCAUGGUUGCAUCUUUAACAAUAAAAUCUGCAAUAGUUAUGCAUAUUAUGGAAAAAAUAUAAAAAAUUAUAAAGUGAUAAAUAAACUUUUGGAAGCUAGAGUUAACUCACAAGUGUGUAUAUAUUGUAUCUUAGUGCAAUAAAUUAAAUGUAUUGAUCAUCUUAUUUCACAAGACUGAAUUGAAGACAGUGUAAAUGUGACUGAUUUUAUUAUUGGUAAAUUUACAAAUCUUAUUACUUUCAGCAUACAAAACUUGAAUCUGUGAACAUUUCAUCACAGUGAUUGUAAUUUAAUAAAGUCUUGUUUUUUAUUUGUUU